GUCCUGAAGGAAGUCAACUUCUACAGUGGUGUCCUCCUAUUGGCCUUUAUCAGUUUUGAUCGUUAUUUGGCCAUAGUUUAUGCGACUCGGGCAGCCACUCAGAAGAGGCACUGGGUCAAAUUUGUCUGCAUCGGCAUCUGGCUCUUCGCGUUCCUCUUUUCGCUUCCUGUGAUCCGCUUCCGGGAAGCUUUUAAACUCUCAAAUUUCUCUAACAGGGUUUGUUAUGAGAACAUUGGUGGGAAUCAAACAGCUGAAUGGAGGAUAGUACUGAGAAUUUUACCUCAGGUGUUUGGUUUUCUCCUCCCCUUGACUGUCAUGAUGAUUUGCUACGGAAUAACAACGCACAGACUCUACCAGAUGAAGAACAAGCAAAAGAAGAAGGCAAUGAAAGUAAUCUUGGCUGUAGUGCUGGUCUUCGUGAUCUGUUGGCUGCCUUACAACAUCGCCCUGCUUUUUGAUACUUUGUUGAGGAUGGACAUCAUUACGGACACUUGCUCAGUUCGAGAAAGAAUUGAUGAAGCUUUGUUGAGCACUGAGAUUUUGGGCGUUGCUCACAGCUGUAUCAACCCCAUCAUAUACGCCUUUAUAGGACAGAAAUUCCGGAACAACUUCCUCAAGAUCUUGGUCUCACGAGGUAUCAUCAGCAAAGAGAUCCUGAUGCGAUAUAGGAAGGGAUCCGGCUUUUCAACUUCCUCUGGUAACACUUCAACUACCCUGUAAUAAACUUUCCUCCCUGAAGAAAAGGCAAUUGAAAAAAUUCUGUGGCUGCAUAACCUGGCAUUUUCCGUGAUGAUA